AUGGGGCUCUAUGCACCUCACACAGCAGGCGAAGAUGUAAAUGACUUGCAGAGGAAGGAGGUGCAGGUUCGAGGAUGGAAAUUCCUUCCCCCUCCAGCGCUGACGGCGUCCACCUCCACCUUCCUGCGGUCUAAGGAGACCACAUGGAGACUGUCAGUGUGGGAGGCGGUCGCCGGUCUGUGGAAAAUUCCAGGUGAGCGCCUCUCACUAAAUGCCAUCAGCCCACGCACUGGGACAUUCGGGCGGGUGCACCUGGUGAAGGAGAAGACAGCCAAGCAUUUCUUCGCUCUCAAGGUGAUGAGCAUUCCCGAUGUCAUCCGCCUGAAGCAGGAGCAGCACGUGCACAAUGAGAAGUCUGUCCUGAAGGAAGUCAGUCACCCGUUCCUCAUCAGGCUGUUCUGGACGUGGCAUGACGAGCGCUUCCUCUACAUGCUCAUGGAGUACGUGCCGGGCGGGGAGCUCUUCAGCUACCUGCGAAACCGGGGGCGCUUCUCCAGCACCACGGGGCUCUUCUACUCUGCGGAGAUCAUCUGUGCCAUCGAGUACCUGCACUCCAAGGAGAUCGUCUACAGAGACUUGAAGCCAGAGAACAUCCUGCUGGAUAGGGAUGGCCACAUCAAGCUCACGGACUUUGGGUUCGCCAAGAAGCUGGUAGACAGGACUUGGACCCUCUGUGGAACACCCGAGUACCUGGCCCCGGAAGUCAUUCAGAGCAAGGGCCACGGCAGGGCUGUGGACUGGUGGGCCCUCGGCAUCCUGAUAUUCGAGAUGCUCUCGGGGUUUCCUCCGUUUUUUGAUGACAACCCGUUUGGCAUUUAUCAGAAAAUUCUUGCAGGCAAAAUAGAUUUCCCCAGACAUCUGGAAUUCCAUGUAAAAGACCUCAUUAAGAAGCUGCUCGUGGUUGACAGAACAAGGCGAUUAGGAAACAUGAAGAACGGGGCAAAUGAUGUGAAACGCCAUCGGUGGUUCCACUCUGUGGACUGGGAAGCUGUUCCGCAGAGAAAACUGAAGCCUCCCAUCGUGCCCAAGAUAGCUGGCGACGGCGACACUUCCAACUUCGAAACUUACCCCGAGAAUGACUGGGACACAGCCGCGCCCGUGCCGCAGAAGGAUUUAGAAAUCUUCAAGAAUUUCUGACGACAGGAGCUCACAUCUGGAAGAAACAGGAAGAUUGGAAUCGGCCUGGAACAAAGAACUGCACCUAAGCAGACCAGAAGUAAAAUGUCUUCUUCAUGGCAUAAGGACAUUUCCACUUUUCUGUGUACCUGUGUGUAUAGAAAUAGAUCAGAGCACAGUUGAAAUUAAUGGAACUGGCAUUAUUUAAGCAACUGGAAUUCCACACUGUAGGAAGGUUUUGAAAAUUGUUUGGUUGUAGUUGUUCUCUUAUCCUUUAGUGUUGUGUGCCUACUGGGAUGUCUUGGUUUUUCUCAUAGACUUAAGUUUAUAAGUUUGAACUGGACUUGUUCGAUUAUAACCACAAAUUGUUGUGUGUGUGUGUGUGUGUAUGCCUGUGUGUAUAUAUAGAAGUCAUUAUGGUAGAUGCACAGAAAUUGUGCAGUGAUGUAAAUGUUCAUACUUCACAGAGCCUAUAAUUUUUAUUUUUCAAUUUGUUUUUUCAAAAAUCUCUUCUCGGGGACAACAUCUGAAGGGUAUGUUGCAUGCAUUAAAAAAAAUCAUCUCACAUGUAUUUUAUAGUUUGGGGGAAGAAAAUAUCAUGGGGAGAUCUACCUUCAGUAUCUUUAGUGCUUCCUACCUGGUAACUUGAGAUUUUAAAAGAAGAAACAAAGAGAAGAAGAUAUGGGAGCGAAUUUAUUCCAAGAAUCUACAAUGACAUUGAAGUUGUUGGAGGAAUGUACUGUAUUUAAAACAACCUUCUGUGACACAUUCAACAAUUUCAUCUGAGCUGGGUGCAGUGGCUUGUUCCUGUAGUCCCAGCACUUUGGGAGGCUGAGGUGGGUGGAUUGCUUGAGCCCAGGAGUUGGAGACCAGUCUGGGAAACAUGGUGAGACCUCAUGUCUACAAAAUACAAAAAACUUAGCCGGGCAUGGUGGCACGUGAAUGUAGUCUCAGCUACUCAGGAGGCUGAGAUGAGAGGAUCACUUGAAUCCAGGGAGGUCCAGGCUGCAGUGAUCCGAGAUCGCACCACUGCACUCCAGCCUCGGUGACAGAGUGAGACCCUGUCCAGAAAAAAAAAAAGAAAAAAAAGGCAAUGGCUUUGUGCUUUCGAAGGUGGAAUGAAGAGAACGUCCACCUUAAGGCUUUAAAAGACAGUGAAGGUGGGUACAGUGACGCACUCCUGUAAACCUGGGACUUUGGGAAGCUGAGGCAGGAAGAUCGCUUGAGCCUAGGAGUUCGAGACCGGCCUGGGCAGCAUAGCGAGUCCUCAUCUCUAUAAAAAGAAAAAAAAAAUGUUAAAACACAGUGAAAUUGCAGAAACAGAACACAGCUGCCCUUUUUCAUCAAUGACCUUUUCUUCACGUGGAGGUCAACUUAGUAGGUGAGAAUAAUGAGUAGGUUCAGUAGAAUAAACUCUUUACAAUUAAUCAGUCAGUGGAAAAUGAUGUUCAGAUGGUGAAAUGUGGCAAUGUUUUAGACAACUGUAUUUUCAGCCUGUGCGUCUCACUGACCAUCUUUUUGGGAUUAACAGUUGAGGGC